AUGGAUAACAUUGGUUUCAAUGUACAUUUGUUCUUACGGUACAGAUCGGCCAAGAUUUGUGUUAUUGUUGUGAGCGGGGCAAUUUUUUUACCAAGCCGAAAAGGUAAAAAUAAUCUGCUACUAUAUAACAGCUAUACAUACAGUCGUGGAGUUUUUGGAAAUUACUACUGCUCCAAGAGAACCGUGAUGAAGUGUAAAGCAAAGGUGAAAUUGGAUGAAAUUAAUAAUAUCGUACUGGUUGAAGACGGUAUUCAUAAUCACGAACCGCCAGUGUUUCACAUUAGCAGCAAAGGAGAGUAUGUACCUAUCAACUUUACCUGCGGUAUAUGGACCAAGUUGUCGACCAUUAAAGAGCCUUUAAUAGUUAAAAAACAAGGGCCCAUGUUUUUAACCACCAGAAGAAACAAGAGGAUUCUCCUGUACCAAGGCUUCACAUACAGCCGCGUCAACCCAGGGCAAUACUGCUGUUCCAAACGUCUCGUGCUUAAGUGUAAAGCUAAAAUUAAGUUGGAUGAAGUUCAUACUGUUAUACUUGAUGAAGAGUUAAAGCAUAACCAUGUACCGCCUGUGUUUCACGUUAGCAAAGAUGGAGAGUAUAUACCCAUCACCUAAUUUUUUGCAUAUGCUUUGUA